GCAAUCCGAGAAUAAAAUGCUAAGCUUUUAACAGCUUGUUUUACUGGUUCUGCUGGGAGUGGCGACUACCGUCAUUUCAAAGACAAGAAAAAAGGGGUGGGGGGUGGGUCAAAGAUUAAGGUGACUGCUUUUCUUUUCUUUAAAUUAACCUGCAGGGUUUUUGUUAAAAGCGCAAGUCAAAUGAACAGAAAAUUGAAAUGAAGCUGUUUGUGUUUCACAGCACUACCUGGGAGCUGCAUCCACAGAGAAACAUGUCACUGAAGUUCUCUGGCUGGGAGGUGGUUGAUGAUGGGGCUUCUUAUCAUGGCGUGCUGCUCGGGGCAUCGCAGAGGCCUCAAAGCAGGGGAGUCUACAAGAUGUUUCAUGGGACCAGUGUUGCCAGUGCACGCCUCAUCAUUGCAAAUGGUUUUCAGCCGUCGUCAUCUGGGUUGCUCGGAAAGGGUGUGUACGUGAGCCGUGACAAGACUAAAGCAUCAGCCUAUCCAAGAAAUGCUCCUUCCUCUGAUCGUGUAGUCUUUGAAUUAAGUGUCCGUGUUGGCCGCGUGAAGCGCAUUGACAAGGACAAUCAUCCUUUGCAGUUAACAUGGAGCUCCAAUGGCUACGACACAGCUUGGAUACCCCCCAAAUGUGGCAUGCUGUGUAUCCCCAGUGGUCUAGAGGAGGAUUGUGUGUUUGAUCCAAAAAGAGUGAAGGUGGUGGGCAUUGCAUCCGCCCCAAAUGCCACUAUAGAGAAAGAACUUCAGCAACUUCUAGCAAAAGCAUCUAAAACAUCCAAUCAAGGAGCAGGUGCUGUGACACCGUGCUCCAUUUGUAAGAGAAAGACCCAGAAGGGCUCAGAUCACAUUAUUCAGCAGUGCUGGAAGUGUGGUCAAAACAUCUGUAUUCUCAUGGCCAAGCACUUUUGGAGGGUAAAGGCAAAAGUGAAACUUGUAAGUAAGCAAAAGACCGGUUGCUUCCGCAUACGAAGCAACAUGUCACUGCAAUUCUUUGGUUGGGAAGUCACUUACGAUGAUCAUUCUAUUAGUGAGGAAUUAAGGGCCAAUCAGGAGCCCAAAAACGAGCGCGUCUACACCAUGUACCAUGGUACAACUGUAAACUUUGCACGCACCAUAAUUACCAACGGUUUUAUACCAUCAACGAAGGGAAUGCUGGGGCCAGGAGUGUACGUCAGCCGCGAUAAGAAAAAGGCAGAACGUUAUCCUUUGAAUGGGAACCCUGCAGACCGUGUGGUGCUGGAGUUGCAGGUGCGUGUCGGCCGGGUCAAGCGCAUCGAUAAGGACAACCAUCCGAUGCAAUACACCUGGCAUGCCCAAGGCUACGACACUGCUUGGGUUCCUCCCAACUGUGGCAUGAAGGCUGUGCCCAGCGGUCUAGAGGAGGACUGCAUCUUUGACCCGAAAAGGAUAAAGGUGGUGGGCAUCGCAAUGGCCUCCAAAUCCGCCAAGAAAGAACUUAAAAAGCUUGUUGGCAAAUGUCCCAGUGGCGAUGGCUCUGGUGUAGAUGCAUGCUCACUGUGCAAUAGAAAGGAGGAUCAGAGUUCUCCACAUAUCAAACAACAAUGCUGGGGAUGUGGGAAAAAUAUCUGCUGUCUGAUGACAAAACAUUUCUGUUCUGUUUCCAAUUAAGAGCAUGUGACGACCUGGAAUGAUUUAAUGUGACAGAAGAGUAAAAGUGAGAAUUAUUGCAAUUUGAUAUAAUUGCUCAUUUUAGAAUCUAAUCAUUAGUGUUGAAAUCAGGAUGGAAAGUUUCUUUAGCAAUUGUAAUUUGUGUUUUGAUAUAAAACAUGUAAUAUUUUUCAUAUUUUUGAUAAAGGUGCACAUAGAAAUAAGUCUAAAUUGAUUUAAAUCUGAUUUAUAUGCCAUGCAUAUAAUCAAGCACCCUAAUGUGGUCAUGUAUUUAAAUAAGACAACCUAUACACGAAGCAAAAAGCUUUUAUUUUCACCUGAAUGUAUACAGACACAUCAUAUGUUGAAAUCUGAUUUUUUUUUAACUGUAAUGGAAAAAAAAUAUAUCAAGUAAAGCCAAUAAAGUACUAUUUUUAUAUGUAA